UCGUAUCUACUUAUAGACCCGACUUCAGAUAACUGCUUUGAAAUCAAGAUAAAAUCAUGUAUAUGUUUAAAAUUUAAAGUUACUUUAUAUCAUAUAAACAUAGGAAUGCAAAUGUAUCAGGAAUAAAUAAACUAAUGAGGGAUCUGUUACAUGUUCAAAUACGUCGCCAUUAUGUUCUACUUUUAAGUUGAAUUUAUAUGACAUUUUAUUUCAUUUGAAAGUGAUAUGUUAUCGUUAAUUUAAGUAAUAAAUAUGUUUCAUACGGUGAAUAAAAUAAUAAAUAAAUGCUAUUAAUUAUAAUGCAAUUUGUAAAUAUCUCAAUAAUGUAUCUCACAUACUUAUUAAGUUCUUGACAUUAUGAACGGAUCAUAGAGUAUUAUGAUAUUGAAAAGAAUCCUUAUUUUAGCCAAUAACUUUCGAGUGAUUGAAGUGAAGUAGAUGAUUACGAAUUUGAUUAUUAAUUUAUUCAGCUGAUUUUCAUUUUUUGAAUUUAGAAUCGAUUAAUUUUUAUAUUUGACUUGUGAUAAAUCUCGCAUCUUUUAGAAUGAUGUGAAACUGUGUGAAUCAUACAUACAUCACAUGUACGUUUACAUUUUGUGUGACAGCGGAAGGACGCUGAAUUUUACAUUUAUCAAAUAUUAAUGUGUUGCAUUCACAUUUGAAUUAAAUUUCAUUAAAGGGAAUGUAAUAACAAUACUUAUUAAAAUACAUGUAACAAUGUAUCAUACACAAGUUAUUUUAGCAUACAUCCUAGUUUUCUUAACUAGUGUAUUCUCUGAAAAUAUAUUAUAUGGAGAAAUAGAUUAUCAAUGUCCACAACAUUGGAUAAAAUUUGGAGAAUCCUGUUAUCGUUUUAUAAAAAGCCCUAUUAGAGAAAGAGAAGAAGCUAGAAAAAAUUGUCAAGCUUAUCAGACUGAACUUUUAACAAUUAAUUCCGUGGAUGAACAUGGAUUCAUUUUUAAUCAAUUACAAUGGCAAGAUCCUCAACACCGUAAAUGGUACACAGGUAUUAAAAAUCAAAAUGGAAACUGGAUAAAUGAAGGUGAUAAUACUCAGUUGGUAAAUAUGGAUAAUGCAUUCUUACCUGAACCAAAUGAUAACACAGUCAGUAGAGAUUAUUUGGUAUAUUCUUAUCAUAAUAAUUUGCAACGUUGGGGAUUAGAAAAGGUAACAGGCAGAGAGAAGCUGUUAUAUAUUUGUGAAGCUCCAAUUUCUACUUUGCAUAACUUAGUAGAAGAUGAUCGUACUUAUCAGUAUGGUAUUGAAAUUGAUAAUCCUAAUCAAAUACCUAGAGGACCAUAUUUUAUAAAACAACCUAUAGAUAAAGUAUUUGAUGUGUCAAAAAGGAAAAUUAGUAAUGAUGUUUCAUUGAGUUGUCUCGCAGGUGGUUACCCUGCACCAACAUACGAAUGGUUUAAAGAAGAUUAUGAAAAUGACAGAUUAAUUGCAACGAAAAUAGAUCCAUUAAAAAAUGUCCGAUAUACUGUUAGCGGUGGUACAUUAAUUAUUUAUGAACCUGAUCAGACAACAGAUAGAGGUUCAUACCACUGUAAAGCUACAAAUAAGUUUGGUACAAUUAUAUCUGAAAGUGUUGAAUUAUCAUUCGGUUAUAUAUUGGAAUUCAAUUUAAAACGUUCAGAAGAACGUGGAGAUCAAAAUUGGGGUAAAGCUGUGUAUUGUGAUCCUCCUCAACAUUUUCCUGGCGUAAAAUAUUAUUGGGCACGUGAUUAUUUUCCUAAUUUUGUGGAAGAAGAUAAACGCGUCUUCGUUUCUCAUGAUGGAGCACUAUACUUUUCUGCAUUGGAAAUGAUUGAUCGUGGAAAUUAUUCUUGUAAUGUUCAAAGUGUUGCGUCUGACACUGGUCGCAAUGGACCAUUCUUCCCAGUGAGGGUUGAUGCACAUUCUUCAUUCCAACAAUUAAAAUUUCCCAAUAAUUUUCCAAAAGCAUUUCCAGAAGCACCAAUUGCUGGAGAAGAAGUUAGACUUGAAUGUAUUGCAUUUGGAUACCCUGUUCCAUCAUAUAAUUGGACGAGAAGAGGUGCGCCAUUACCACGUGGAACACAUACAACUAGUUAUAAUCGAGUAUUAAUAAUACCAAGAGUUCAUGUUGAUGAUCAAGGGGAAUAUAUCUGUAGAGCUCAGAAUGACAGAUUAUCAAUUGAAAAUUCUGUUAGACUAACUAUACAAGCAGCUCCAAAUUUCACCAUUCCAUUAGUGGAUAAGCACAUGGAUAACAGAGGGGAAUUAACUUGGACAUGUGAAGCAUUUGGAAUACCAGAUGUAACUUAUAGUUGGUUUAAAAAUGGCGAAUUAUUGGAUAUGGAAACUUUGCAUUCUGACGAUAAAGAUCGUUAUUUUAUACAAGAUAAUGUCUUAAGUAUAAAGCUACUAAAUCCAGAAACAGAUCCAGCUAUGUAUCAAUGUCGUGCAAAGAAUCAAUUGAAAACAAAAUAUUCAUCGGCUCAACUCAGAGUUUUAUCAUUAAAACCAUCAUUUAAAAAACGACCUAUGGAGCCUGAAACAUAUGCAGCAGAGAAAGGUAAUGUUACAAUUUUCUGUAAUCCUGAAGCCGCACCAAGACCAAAAUUUGUUUGGAAAAAAGAUGGAAAUGUAAUCGGUUCUGGCGGUAGACGGAAAAUUUUAGAAACUGGUAGCCUUAUAAUUAGUCCAGUUUCUAGAGAUGACGAAGGUACUUAUGUUUGUACUGCAACAAACCAAUAUGGAACUGAUGAAACUCGUGGACGAUUAAUAGUAUUACAUGGUCCACAAUUUGUGGAAAAAUUACCACAACGCAUAAUCACAGCAGUAAUGCAAAAUCAGACCUUACGUUGCAUGGGAGAUAUAGAUGAGAUGUUAGAUGUUGCUUACAUCUGGAAGCAUAAUGGUUUACGUAUCAGGGAUGAAGACUUAAUAGCUAAUCCAAGAUUACAUAUUGAUGGCGAAGAACUUAAUAUAAUAAAUGCUACAUUUGCAGAAGGGGGAGAGUAUGAAUGUAUAAUUACAAGUGCUGUAGGUAAAAUUUCUAGCAAGACAGUAGUGACAAUAGAAGGACCACCAGGGCCACCUGGAGGUGUACAAGUUGUAAAUAUUGUAAAAACUUCCACAACUUUACGUUGGACAGAUGGUGCUUUAAAUGGUAAACCCAUUACAAUGUAUACAGUUAGCGCAAGGACAAAUUGGAAUCAUACAUGGUUUAAUAUUAUAGAAAACAUUACUGCCAUUGAAGUAGACAGAUAUAAUGGCAGAAAGGAAGCAUAUUUAGAAAACAUUUUAAAUCCUUACACCACGUACUCAUUUGCUGUAUCUGCCUACAAUGAACUAGGAUAUAGUUCACCUUCAUCACCUUCUCCACAGUACAGUACACCAUCUGAUAAACCAAAUAAAAUACCAUCUAAUAUAGGUGGAGGAGGAGGAAAAAUUGGAGAUCUUACCAUCAGAUGGGAUCCUUUACCAUCCUCAGAUCAAAAUGGUCCAGGAAUUUAUUACAAAAUUUUUUGGCGCCAGAAACAUCAUGAAACUGAAUUUCAGUCAUUGUCCUUGAAAGAAUAUGGCAAUGUUGGCAGAAGUGUUGUUCAAAUAUCACCACAAUAUUAUUACACAGAAUAUGAAGUUAAAGUUCAAGCAGCUAAUGCAUUAGGUUUUGGACCAAUUUCUGAUGCAGUUACUAUAUUUAGUGCAGAAGACAUGCCACAAGUAGCUCCACAACAAGUUGUUGCGCAUAGUUAUAACAGUACUAGUUUGAAUGUUAGCUGGUCAGCAAUUGAACAAACGCGGGAAAAAAUACGGGGCAAGUUAAUAGGUCAUAGAAUAAAGUACUGGAGAGAAAGUAAUCGAGAAGAAGAUGCAGUAUACUACUUGUCUCGAAGUACAAGACCUUGGGCUCUAGUAGUUGGUUUGCAAGCUGACACAUACUAUUAUGUCAAAGUAAUGGCAUAUAAUUCUGCUGGAGAAGGUCCCGAAAGCGAACGAUAUUUAGAGAGAACAUAUCGAAAGGCACCUCAAAAACCACCAUCUUCUGUUCACGUGUUUGGUGUAAAUCCUUCAACGGUUAGAGUAGUAUGGCGUUAUGUACAACCAAGUUUAGAAGAGGAACCGUUAAUAGGAUACAAAAUACGUGUUUGGGAAUUGGAUCAAGAUAUGAGUACUGCAAAUGAUACUAUCAUUCGAGGUGGUUCAAAGUUAGAAUCUGAUAUUACUAAUCUCAGUCCUGGUAAGGCAUACCAUUUACGUGUACUUGCGUAUAGUAAUGGUGGAGAUGGGCGAAUGUCAAGUCCAACUUAUACAUUCCAAAUGGGAGAUGCAACUGCCUUUAGAAGUAGUGCAAGUAAUAAAAUUUUGGAUGCUGCUCUUGGCAUAUCAUUAUUAGUAUUAUUACGCAUUUAUGAAUAUGUAUAACAUUUGACACUUUUUAUAUAAUAUAUACUCAACGAAUGUAUAGCAACAAAUUUUUAAGAAAGAAGAAUAAGCUUUAUGUGGACAAUAAUUGUAUUUCAUAAUAACAAUUUUGUUGCUAUAUUUUUUAUAUGGUUAUAAAGUAGAUACAUGAUAUUUUAAUAAGUAGGAAACUACAGAUUACAAUUGACGAGAUGAAAAAGAUUUAUAUUUCAUUCAUUUUAUCACAGAUCAAAAUAGAUUUAUUUUAUAUAACGCAAUUAUUGAACAUAAGAAAUAGGUUUAUAAUAUAAAAAGUCAUAGUUUCAGUAUAGUUUGCACAAAAAAAAUUAGUUAAAAUUUAUAUUUAACAUGAAUUAAUUUAGAAUAAUUUAUCUUACCUUUUAACCCCUCAGAUUCACUAUACUUAUCACUAUAUUUUUAUUAUUUUGUUUUGAUUCUUUUGUGAUCAUAGCUACAUUAUGAGGUGAAAACUAAUUAUAUAAUUUGAGGUAUAGAAAAUAUUUUGAACAUCACUGCAUACAAUUAGAUUAUUGAUAAAUCAGCUACAUAGGGGAAAAACAAAAAUUCUCUACAGUGCCUGAGAGGUUAAAAAGGAAUUUUACAAAAAAGCAUACCUAUCCGUCCAUAAAUAUUCAAAUAACAGAAUGUAAAUAUUUAUCAUAUUUUAUAUGUAGGUACUUUAAGGCUAUUCUAUUGUUAUGAAAAAUAAUGAAAUAGUUUGUUAAAACAAUUUCAUAUGAAAAAAUAUAAAAAACUGCAAACAUUUUAUUUACACUUAUCUGUUAUUCUAAUAUGAAAGAAACUCAUUACUUGGAUAAUUAUAUUAUCUGUAUAUCAUAUAAGAUUAAAAUAUCUUUUUUUUAUAGGUGGCUAUGUAUAUUUAUCAGUAUAAUUUGUAAUUCAUAAAAAUAACAAAUCUUUUUCUA